CGCGCACGCGCAUACCUGUCGUGCUACGUGUGCAUGCGUCCCCAGAGCCGGAAGUGACCCGGCAACAGGCUAAACCACCCGGACAUGGAGGGGAGAAGAAGAGGAAGGGGGAAGGAUCCGCUCCACUAAGACACCGCGGAGGAAGAAGGACAGAACCAGAAAGGUGAUUUUAUUUACUGAGGUGACAUGACGGAGACGUGUGAGGGAUGUGAUAUGGAAUAGGUUCCAGAGGAAUCGAGCACAGUUUUGCCAUGUCUGUAUAACGUUACCCAUCAUCAGUGGUAACCCACGCCCUGGGUCAUCAUGAAGCUGAAACAGCGGGUUGUGGUGCUGGCUUUGCUACUGGUGAUUCUGGUCCUCACUAAACUUCUAUUGCUGGACAGAUUGGAGACCUCGGCAGCACAAAGGCAGGAUCAGCUUUCCUUCCAGCGCAUGAUGUCCAGCUUACGGCUGACUAUGGACUCCCGGCUGGAGCAUACGCUACAGUCCCCAUGGGAAAUAGCAUCUCAAUGGGUGGUGCCCAGAGAGGUUUAUCCUGAAGAUACCCCAGAAAUGGGAGCAGUUCUACAUGCUAUGGCUACAAAGAAGAUCAUAAGAGCUGACGUGGGCUACAAAGGUACGCAGCUCAAAGCCUUGUUAGUCCUGGAGGGUGGACAGAAGGUGGUCUUCAAACCAAAAAGAUACAGCCGGGAUCAUGUAGUGGAAGGGGAGCCCUAUGCUGGAUACGACCGUCACAAUGCCGAGGUGGCUGCUUUUCAUUUAGAUAGGAUCCUUGGCUUCAGAAGAGCGCCUUUGGUAAUUGGUCGAUAUGUAAACCUUAUCACAGAGAUUAAACCAGUAGCUACUGAGCAGCUGCUUGGCACAUUUCUGAAGCAAGGAAAUAAUACCUGUUUCUAUGGGAAGUGCUACUACUGCCGUGAGACUGAGCCUGCCUGUGCAGACAAGGAGGUGAUGGAGGGCUCUGUCACGCUUUGGCUUCCUGAUGUGUGGCCUCUUCAGAAGCACAGACAUCCCUGGGGCAGGACAUAUCGGGAGGGCAAGCUGGCAAGAUGGGAGUAUGAUGAAAGUUAUUGUGAUGCGGUGAAGAAGACUCCACCUUACGAUGCUGGUCCCCGGCUCCUCGACAUUAUUGAUACAGCCAUCUUUGACUACCUAAUUGGAAAUGCAGAUCGCCAUCACUAUGAGAGCUUCCAGGAUGACGAGGGCGCUAGCAUGCUCAUACUGCUGGACAAUGCUAAGAGCUUUGGGAACCCCUCAACAGAUGAGCGCAGUAUUCUUGCACCCUUGUACCAGUGUUGCAUUAUUCGUGUCUCUACUUGGAAUCGGCUUUCUCACCUGAAGCAUGGCACCCUACGUUCUGCUCUGCUUUCGGCCACCAGUCACGACCCACUUUCCCCUGUCCUCGCUGAACCUCAUUUGGAAGCUCUAGAGCGCCGCCUUCAGGGUAUUCUAUCAACCGUCCAACAGUGUUUAGACCAGUUUGGCCCAGAUGUGGUGAUGGUGGAAGACCGAAUGACCCUCUCUCAUGUGUAACCCUAGUCCUGGCUAUAAGAGACGAGAUUCUUUGGAAGAACACUGAGCUGGUGUGAAUAUGUUUCAUUACACAGCAGAGCACAGCACCCCCCAGAGACUACGGCCUGUCACACUGGAGGGACAAGAGGCCAAGGGGCAGAAUUAAGCACUCAAUACCACAUCAUAGAUUGGAUGAUGUGAAUAUUAAAUAUGAUUUUUUUUAUAGAACUCAAGGGACAUCGCAAGUCUGUGAUGCUCAGGACUUUAAAGUAUGGAGGAGAAGAAUGACAAGUUUUGUCUUUAUCUCAUAAUUUAUUCUCUUGUUGUAAUAUUUUUCUUUUUAUUUCUCUCAAAGGUUGUCUAACCUUUAAAUCAUGAGGGUGUUGGUUUACGGUUUACAACAGUACAGUUUGCACAGUGGCCACAUGGUGGCACUGCCACACUUUACAGGAACUUUGUGGUACAAAUUGUUCGCUGUCCUUUGCAGGGUAAACCCUUUUAUCUCUGCAGCUUUGUCUAAGUCCAGAUCAUAAAGAAACUUUUUUAAUUUAUGGACUAGUCUUUAAAAACUGGCAUUAAAACAUUGGCAGACUUGGUUACUGCCAGUAUAUAUUUUUUUGUUUAUCGGCAGCUGCAGAUUAUUAUAAAUAGUUCUCUCUUUAUUUGGGAGGCCUAUAGCUUAUUGAUUCACUUACUUUCUGCUUGCUACUUCUGUAAGUCUUUGUCCAUAGUCCACAAGUAAUAUUUAUAUUUUAUUUUUCCCAUUGGCAGCAGUGAAUUUAAAGUCUGCCUAAAACAGAUUUUUCAGUUGUGCGUGACAACCAGCAUGUUGAAGGAGAAGUUUAGGGUGUAAGGGGAAAAAUAAAUUAAAUCUGUACUUUCCUUAUGCUGCAGCAUCAUUGUCAUGCUGCAGUUGUCCCCUGUUGGCUCUAAGGCCGGGAACCGAGUGAUCACAUGACUGCUGAUUGCUUAGUUCUUGGUCAUCUCUGACUGUCGUUCACUGGAGCGCCAAGCUGGAGAGGGGAUGGGCGCAGCGGAGAGCCAAAGCCAGCACUAGCUGGAUGAAUCCCAACAAUCUGGUCCAGAUCCUUCCAGAGCCUAGAGUAGCUCUGUGACAUCAACUGACAACGGGCUUUAGUCUGCUGUCAGCGGAUUCUGGGUCACAGGAGUGCAAAAAUAGGUGCACUUCUGUGACCCACAAUCGAAAUAUGCCAAAAAAACUUUGACUUUACUUCUCAUUUAAGCAGGCUGCAGAUGAACCACAGCCCUGAGACCUCCGGCUUCCCCCAAUGCCCAAACCACAGCUGUUAAAAUAAAGCUUGGUCCAUGAUUGUGCAGGUCUGUGCUGGAUUUGAGUGGGCGCAGCAGCCUAUUUCAGUGGACUGCUGUACCUGCUGAAAAAUAUGGUGGAAAAAGUCCCUGACCCCUUUUUCAAUUUGUGACAUUGAGAAUUAAUGGCACAUCUGCUAAAGAGCAGCAUGUUUUGUCUGUGGGUCGAGGAAUGUGUACAAUUAGCAUGCAUUGGCUCUAAAAGAAAAAUGACAUCAGUGAGUUAAUGCCCCGUUCACGUGCGAUUUGUCAUGCAAUUUGACAGUUCCAAAUCGCAUGACAAGUCGCACCCCAUUUUCGUCAAUGGACCUGUUAAAAUCGCUACGACUCGUGUUUGUAGUGAUUUUGUAAAAGGUUUCUGCACUGCUUUUAGCCGAUUUCAUUGCGAUUUGUAUAGACUUCUGUUAAACGAAGAUGCAAGCUGAAAUGAAAUCAGAGGUACAAAUCCUACUGAUCUGCGGCUUUGAAAUCGUACUAAAGUAGUGCGAUUUCAAAGCCGCACCAUUGUGAACCAGGUCUUUCUUGGUCUUGAAACAUCUAUCUGAAGCCUUUGUUUUGGGCAGACUGUCACCGAUGGAGCCAAAGAUGACCUCCUUAAAGUGGAACCAAACCCCCCAAUUCUUUACAGCCAAAGAGGCCACCUUAGUCUCCGAUUGAUCUGCAGUUGCCAUGAUGCUCCAUAUGUGAUCUGUUAUGAUACCACCCAUUUGAUGGCUUGGCAGUGCCAUUGAGACUGUGAAAGUUCUCAUUCACAGCAUGUCAUGAUUGUAACGGUUUUUGGAAAGCAGUUAAAUUGAUGGGUUUAGUUCCACUUUAAACUGCCCAUAAAUACAGAUCACAGCUCCAUUCGUUUUUCCUUUGACACCAGUUAUGGCCAAUCCACACGGCUAUCGCUGUAAAGCACCUCUAGUAUCUAAAUCUGUGUCGGACAAGAACUUUGUUGCAGAGUUCAGUGACACUUGUGAAAGCGCUGUUGUUUUUUUUUGGGGGGGGGGGGGGCUGUUCACAAACCAGGAGUAAAUGAUGAUAAAGUGGACCUGUCUGGCAUACACUUGGAUUUCAUUCAUUUUCUGAUUAGUGCCAGUAAUUCAGUGACUACUGCCUGCAAAUUCCUUAGGAACCACAGACAUCACUGUACCUCAUUCCACCAUAAUGUCCCUGGUUUCUUGUGAUUGAUAGUCCAAAUAACAGGUACACUUUAAAACUGAACCAUUGUAAUAGGAGGAAGCAGGCACAGAGCAAUAUUAUCCAUACAAGCUCUGUAUUUCGAGCUUGGAAAAAAAAAUGUAUAUGAUCGGAUGUCGAUUGUACAAGUCUGGCACUGUAAAUGUUAAUAUUUUCAUCACUAAUUUAAACAAAAACUUUAUUUUUUAAUUUUGUGGCCCUCAGUUGAUAAGAUGAUCUGCACAUGUUUUACAUUUUAAUUAUGUCUAAUGGUUGAAAACGUAAGAGUAAAACUAUUGGCAGUCAA